AUGACAUCAACAUUUAAUACAACAAAACCUCAUUUAUCACCUACUCAUCUAGCAUUAUCAUCUCCACCAAUAUUACCAAUAAAACAUUGGUCACAAACUUGUCAUGAAACAAUAUUAGUAUCAAAUGAUAAUAAUCAUACAAUUCAACUUCCUCUAGAAGGUGGUUCUGAUAAUGGACAAUUUGUUUAUUUUAAUGACUCUAUAUCAUUAUUAAAAAAUAAAACAGAAACAAAUAUAUUAAAAGGUGGUAAAAUUGAUUUUGAUGAAAUAGUUCUCGAAAUCGAUCAACAUUAUAUUGCUGGUUAUACAUUAGCGGAUGUUCAAUUACUUAUUGAAACACUUUCUACUAAUGGAAAGCAAAUUAAAUUAAAAACUGUUAGAUCGGGCUUAACCAAGGAUCUACGUCAAUUUCUUGAUGGACGUUUUGAAAAGAAUUCGAUUGAUCAUGGUCUUCAACAAACCAUACGUGAUAAUCUUUACAUGAGAACAGUACCUUGCACCACACGUCCAUCACGGCCGGGUGAAAUAAAUGGACAAGAUUAUACAUUUUUAAGUGUAAAAGAUUUUCAUGCAUUAGAAAAAAGUGGCAAAUUACUUGAAAGUGGAGUAUAUAAAGUAGGACAUUAUUACGGAACACCACGUCCAACACAAGGAGCAAUUAUAACAAAUACUAAUCUUGUACGACGAAGUAAUUCAGCUAACGAAAUGUUUCAACAUAAUGAUCCAGAAUUCUUUAACAGUCAAAAUUUAAAUGAAAAUAUAUCUCAACAUGUAUCUGGUGAAUUAAUCAAAUGUUCAUUAAGAAAAAGUCAACAAGGUUUUGGUUUUACAAUAAUUGAUGGUCAUGAAAAUGGUGAACAAUUUCUUCAAGUAAAAGAUAUUUUACCUGAUGGACCAGCAGCUAAAGAUGGCAAACUUCAACGAGGUGAUAUACUGAUUUAUAUUAAUGAUGCAUAUGUUAUGGGUUAUAGUCAUACAGAUGUUGUUAAAAUAUUUCAAUCAUUAUCAAUAGGUGAUGUUAUAGAUUUCACUGUUUGUCGUGGCUAUCCACUUGCAGUUAAUAUUGAUGAUCCACAAAUUGAUAUUGUUUCAUUGAAUGGUAUUCAUCAUUUACCUAAUGGUGGUUAUAAAGAAUAUCAACCAGAAAAUCAUGCAAAUAUAUAUGCAAUUAAAAUUCGAAAAGGUAAUAAUGGUUUUGGUUUUACUGUUGUUGAUAGUCUAUCAGGACAACGAGUUAAAACUAUUCAUGAUAAACAACGUUGUCAAAAUUUAUCUGAAAAUGAUUUCUUAUUAUCAAUUAAUGGACAAGAUUUAGCCGGAAAACAACAUGCUGAUAUUGUUGAAAUACUUCGUCAAUGUCCAAGUGAUAUCGAAACAACAUUUAUUGUUCGAAGAGGUGAUCCAGAUGUUAAUAAUAAUCCAUUAGCGAUAAAUGCUAACAAUCAUUUAGAUAGAAUUAUUCAGGAAAAUGAUGAAAUAGAUAUUCGCUAUCCUCCAUUAAAAAUAAAUGAAAAACCUCGCAGUAAAACUCCGACACCAUUUGGCUCUGCAUCAUUGGCCGAUACACUUCCACUUCGUUCUCGAACUCCAUUACCAACCAAAACAACUACAAUAACAACAAAUAAUAAUCUAAAUUUUUCAGUUCCAAACACUAUUGAAAGAUCAGCGCCAAUAGCUCAAACAGAAUUUUCUUCUGAUCCAUUUUAUACAUUUGAUCAACCAAAAACUUUAUCACAUAAUAUACGUGAUACACGACCUACCAAUCCAUCAUUAUCACGUAGUAAAACUCCAGGACCUGAAUUUGGUGCAACAACAUCAUCAUCCUAUCAUGCUAGUACAAUGAAACCAAGAAGUAAAACACCAACAGCUUAUGAAUUUUCUUCAAAUUCUUUACAAAAUAGUCGAUCAUUGCAAUCAGUUCAUCCACAAUAUUUGGAAUUAAUUGUUAAUUUAACAAUUUUACGUCCAACUGAUGGUUUUGGUUUACGAAUACUCGGGGGUGAAGAAGAAAAAUCUCAAGUAUCUAUUGGUCAUAUUGUUCCUAAUUCACCAGCAGAUGUCGAUGGUCGUCUUUGUAUUGGUGAUGAAAUAAUUAAAAUAGAUGGUCAUUCAACAAUACGUGCAUCACAUGAAAAAGUUGUUCAACUUAUGCAACGAGCAAAAGAAAAUAAACAUGUUUGUUUAAUCAUACGUCGUUAUCCACAUUUGAAUAAGAGAAAUAAUUCUUAUCAUCAAACAAAUCUUGAUUCAUAUCCAGUAUAUCGUGAUAAUUCUCAUAGAAAAAUACCAAUAGAGAAUGGAAUACGUUAUGUAACAUUACAAAAAACAAAUGAAAAUGAAAGCUUUGGUUUUGUAAUUAUUUCAUCACAAAAUAAAGCUGGUACUAUUGUUGGUAAAAUAAUUCGUAAUAGUCCUGCUGAUCAAUGUGGUCAACUGCAUAUAAAUGAUCGUAUAUUAGCUGUUAAUGAUGUUGAUUUAUCUCAUAUGGCUCAUACAGACGUUGUUAAUUUAAUCAAAGAAUCUGGUCGAACUAUAACACUUACAAUUGGACCACCAAUUCAUUUUGAUGAUCAACCUUAUGAAGUUCAAAAUUCAUCAAAUGAAAUUCGUCCAUCAUCAUCAUCAUCACCGAUGGCUAUAUCUAAUGGAAAUAGUUAUACAUUAAGAAAUGCAUUUUCACAUAGUCCACUAGCUAUAUCAGAAAGAAAUAAAAAUCGACCUUCAUCGAAAAUAAGCGGUAUAUUAAAAUCUUCUACAGUAUCUGAUGAUUAUUUUAUCGUUAAUCUUCAACGACCAAAUACAAAUUCAAGUUUUGGUUUUAGUAUACGUGGUGGUCGAGAAUUUUCAAUUCCAUUAUUUAUAUUAAAAUUAGCUGAAAAUGGUCUAGCUGAACGUGAUGGCCGAAUGAAACCUGGAGAUCAAAUUAUUGAAAUAAAUGGUCGUUCAACCUAUGGAAUGACUCAUAAUGAAGCGAUCUCAUUAAUUCGUGAUGGUGGUUUAUAUGUUCGUUUAUUAUUACGAAAAACAAAUGUACCACCACCAAGUCUUGAUGAAGUCAAAAUAGCAAUGGGAAAUGGAAUGGAAUUUAUCAAUACUAAUUGGAAACCAAGUGGUUAUACAUAA